GACCUAACCUAAAUCUGUAAUCUUUGGUUCUUCCAGAGACAACUCUGGUUCUUCAUUCUUCGGGUUUAAAUUCGUAUUUUAGGUUUAGGUACAGGAUGUUGAUUCAUGAGAGUUAUUGAACAAGAUAGAUCCUGCUUGCCCUUAACAUUAAUAAUGGGACUAUCAAUGGAAUGACAAAUAAUGUUAUCAGUACAUCGAGAUGUACUCCAAAUAAUCCAAGCCAAGUUCUCUUCUUUGGAAAUUGUUAAAAGUGUAUCCUUAGAGAUUCAUUUGAAUGUUUCACUUCCAGAUGAUUUUUGGAGUGAAUAUUUCUAUAUUUUAGCUAUAGUAGUGAGAAACCAUAGUCCAGCUUUAUUCCUAUUCUCAUCAAAAAAGGCUAUACCUGUUCAUUUGUCAGAUUUACAGAUUGAAAGUGUUAUACCAAUAGAUGAACAUUUCAAUUGCUUUUCAGAUCCGAUCACUGGUGAUUUGAGCCAUUUAUUUUUCAUUGUCAAAUAUCGAAGAGUGGAGUUGAUAUUUAAAAUAGGGGUUGGACAAGAAAGUUCAGAUUUUGCUUCAGAAUUAAUUAAGUCAAAGGAAGGAUCCCACUCUGAGGAAACAGACUAUCAGUGGCUUACUAAAUAUACCAACUUGUACGAGUGUUCAAAUAACACUAAUACUGAAAUACAGUACCCUGACAUAUCAUUCAUCAGGCAAAACAUGACGCAGAAUCAAAGUUCCAUCAAUAGGGAGUCUAUGAUCAAGUACCAAUUAAAAUUGAAAGAACCUGAGUACAUUCACUAUCAGGAAUUCACAAUCUUCAUUGGCACUUGGAAUGUGAAUGGUCAGCUACCUACAGUAUCGUUGAAACCAUGGUUAAGUUGCGACAAUAAUCCGCCAGAUUUGUAUGCAGUAGGUUUUCAAGAAAUUGAUUUAAGUAAAGAAGCAUUUUUAUUUAAUGAUACACCGAGGGAAGCUGAGUGGGAGAAAAUGGUUUAUGAUGGCGUUCACCCAAAGGCUAAAUAUCGCACUGUAGCCCUAACAAGACUUGUAGGCAUUCAGCUUAUAGUUCUAAUAAAUGUGAAACAUUAUCAGUUUAUCAGGAAUAUAGCUGUAGAUACGGUCGGCACCGGAUUAUUAGGAAAAAUGGGAAAUAAAGGAGGAGUAGCUGUUAGACUAGAACUUCAUAAUACCUCUCUUUGUUUUGUUAAUUCUCACUUAGCUGCCCAUGUAGAAGAAUUUGAAAGACGAAAUCAAGACUAUAAGGAUAUCAAUGCUAGAAUUAAUUUCAAGAGAUAUCCUACUUCAAUAAAAAAUCACGACCAAGUUUAUUGGUUAGGAGAUUUAAAUUACCGAAUAACAGAAUUGACCACCUCACAAGUUAAAACAUUGUUAUUGAGGAACGAAAUGAAUGCACUUCUCAAAGCUGAUCAACUGAAUCAACAAAAAGAGAGGGGAAAUGUAUUACUGGAUUAUACUGAAGCAGAUAUAACAUUUCCUCCUACAUAUAAGUACGAUCUGAAUUCAGAUACUUUCGACACAAGUGAAAAAGCAAGGCCUCCAGCUUGGACCGAUAGGAUUUUGUAUAGAGGUAGAGGUAUAUAUCAGUUGGAGUAUAGAAGCCACAUGGAUUUACGAAUAAGCGAUCAUAAACCUGUGAGUGGAGUAUUCAAAUCAGAAAUAAGUGUUAUCGAUCAAGCCAAAUUUAGAAAAGUGCACGAAGAAUUAUUGAAAAGGUUGGACAAAUUAGAAAAUGAAUUUCUACCGCAAGUUACAGUGGAUCAAACCGAAGUUAAGUUCGGAUUGAUAAAGUUUAGGGAGCCACAAUUCAGGGAUAUAAUUAUUGCUAAUACUGGUCAGGUACCCGCCGAGUAUGAGUUCAUAAAGAAAUUAGAUGAACAGAGUUACUGUAAAGAGUGGAUGAGAAUAACUCCUUAUUACGGAAUUGUGAAUCCAGGUGAAAAAAUUGAUAUUAGAUUGGAAGUUAAUUUAGAAACGGACGUGAAAGAUUUGGAGGAUAUCUUGGUAUUGCAUUUAAAUGGUGGAAAAGAUAUGUUCAUUAUAGUCACUGGGACGGGUGAGAAGACAUCUUUUACCACUUCCAUGGCGGCACUAUGUAGAGCACCUGUGCCAAUUAUGUAUUUAACAGAGGAACAAUUCGGGAAAAUAGUAGAUUUGGAGGGUGAUGUGUUGUAUUCGGUUCCCAGAGAGUUAUGGCUUCUUAUAGAUCAUUUGUAUAAAUAUGGACUAGGAGUGAAGGAUUUGUUCGAGUCUAAUAGUACUCAAGAGAAUUUUGUGAAACUAAGGGAUUGGUUGGACUUUGGUUCAUCAGAACCAAUUCCUGUCUCUGUUGAAACGGUAGCAGAAUCGUUACUCAUAUUCUUAUCUUACACGAAAGAACCUGUGAUUCCUUUUCAUCUACAUGACGCCGCAAUAGCUGCUUCUAGUAACUAUCAGAACUGCAAAAAUAUCAUCAAUCAGAAGCUGCCAGAUAUUCACAGAAAUGUAUUUUUAUACAUAUGUAUGUUUCUACAAGAGUUUCUUCGCCAUUCUAAUGAAAAUGGUUAUGAUGCAAAAACCUUGGCGUCUUUAUUUGGAGAAAUACUUCUAAGAGAUCCAAUAAGAAAUUCAAAGCCUCAAGCAAGUCGUGGAAAGUCGAAUUUUUUAUAUAAUUUUUUGGUGAAUGAUCUUAGUACUUCAAUCAUACCAAUGAAAUAGCUGUCUGCCUGCUUUCCCCAUCUCUUUCAUAGAAUAUGUAAUAAGUAUAGAAUAUUAUUUAUGAAUUGGAACAAAAUAAAUUUUAAAUUUCAGAAUAUUUGCUUCAUAAACAUGAAGCGAGAAAUUCUCAAACGAGAAUUGCAUCCUUAAAAAAUUUGUUCAAAAUUAUAAAAGUAUCUUGAACAAUCAGUACUAGUCUAAAGGAUGUCAUGAUGUACUUUAAUUGAAGUUUUUUGUCAAAGUAGGUAACCAUUUUAUUCCAUAUAUUAUGUACAAGGCAGAUUAUACCCUCUUCUCCCUCAGGAAAUUUAGUUAUCAUUAAAUUCAAUAAGAGAUAUUCUUUCUUGUAUUCUUUUCAUUUAGAAUAUAAUUGCAUAAUUUUACUGUAACACUUGCUACAUUGAUUAUUCAAUUAAUUGGUGGAAAUAUAAAUCCAUAUUCUUUCAUGUUUAUGGAAAAAGCAGCAUUUAAGAUUUUACAAGUUCUUUGUGCUAAUGAUGCGAUUUUCUCAACAUCACUUUUGCACUCCAUGCAAUUCCAUUGGGGGUGAGUAUUCUAAACCCCAUUUCUUUGAAACAAACUCCUGCAGCUCAUAACCUUCAAAGAUAAAGAACGCAAGGCUAUUGCACCAUAUAAACCUCAUGAGGCUACAAGUUUCCAUUGCAGAUCUUUUAGUAGCUCAUACAUGCAAUGACGUAUGAAGUUUUUUUUUACCAAUAUUUAUAAUAUUUAUUUUAUAAAUAGUGAAGUUAGUUUAGCUUCUAUUCUAUCAUGUAGAAGAAUAAAUUUGAAUGUGGAUAAGUGAGUUCCAUGAAAUAUAAUAUAAGAUAUUUAUGUGAAAUGAUUAAAGUAUUAAUAAUAUUUUUAUAUCCUUGUUUGUAGCAAUAAUAACAUAAGGAUAGAAAUUAAAGACAUAGAAUUAUGCGUU